AUCGGCGCCACUGUCCGGGUUGUUGCCAAGUGACUUUUUAAAUUCUUGUAGUUUUUGCUUUGUAACCGUAUUUUGGUGUUGUGCUUGUCAAGGUUAGACGUCUAUAAUUGCCGAAGAAGACACAGUCUUGCCCUUUACCCAGUCGCCCCACUCGUCGCCCCAUUUGGAGCUCGGCCUUCCAACGCCCUGGACUCGUGGUAUUCUCGGAUACGUGCACGUUCGUUAUCACACGUCCGCGUAAUUCCAGAAGAGUAGGUGUCCCAUUCAUUGGCUAGGUCGCGGGGCUGCGGGCCCGUCAGUGCAAUGUGUUUUUUGUGGUUCUAAUUCAUGCGUUGUCCAUGUGUGGGGAAAUGUGUUAGUCGUCACGAUGAAACUCAGCGCUCAGGAAACGAAAGAUCUGCAUAAGUACACCAAAUUUUUUGCCUUGAAGUCCGCUCAAGUCAUCAUACAGUCGAGGGUCGCGGAUAGGAUCACCACCCAGUGCAAACCCAACACCCAGGGCACGGAUUGGUUCAACUUGCACAUCAAUGACCACCCAGAGGUCAUAGCCGAGACGAAAAAAGCCCUAAAUGGAGAUAUAAUCUCGCCGUGUUUUCCCCUCUGCGUCGAAAUCUCGCUGCGGACGUCAGAAGGGGAUCAAAUGACGUUGGAAUCCUGGUGCCUUAGUUUAUUACCUGAACAGUGUGAUCCUACACUUAAAAACAUCCCUUCUGUCUAUAACAGAAUGGGGCUCUUGUUAAAAUCAUUAAUAUCAGUUACACGAGUGACGCCUGCUUAUAAACUGUCUCGCAGGCAAAGUGCUGAUUCUUAUGUUAUGUGUUACCGCAUUUAUUUGGGUCAGCCCGUACUACAUAGUCUUGGAGAAGAUUAUAAACAAACAAGGAUAGGACAAAUUUGUACACCCAUUGGUACAUUACAGUUUUCUGUCGCAUACAGAACAAAAAUGACCAUUUCACCUACUCAGACUGGAAAAAAUUCAAUCAUGGUCAAGAGUGACCACUUUAAUAGUAAUUCCAACACCAGGAGGCACAGGAAUGGCGAUGAUAUCAAUGACUUGACAAAACCGAUGCGUCCUGGUCCGUUCGCGGAUCCCAAACCUAAGAAAACUGUGGAACCUCAACUUCCCGGUGUAACACGAUUACUGGCAAUGGGAAAAUAUAAACCACGUCCUACCAAAAAUUCAGAAAAUGCUGAAAACGAAGUGAUAGAAGAAAACUCAAGACUUAUAGAAGAAGAUGUUAACAACAGUAAAAAAGAAAUUUCAAAUUCACCCACGAAAUCAGUAACAAAACUGACAUCAUUAAAUUCAUCUAAACUAUCAAUUCUUAGUAAUUUAAAAUCAGUGGAUGAGGAAUAUUGGAUGCAGGAGUUGAGUGCACCGUUUGCAAAUAGGGGCCCCAUGGGCGAGCUAAUGCAUUUUUACAAACAGUGUAAAAAGUCGCCCCCUUUACAGUCUCCUCAGAAAAAUCCAACACCUGAAGAAAUCACCGAAAUGAUAGAAAUGUACGAAUCCCAAUUACCCGAGUACGAAGCUCUAGUGCAGUCAUUUUGUGAAUCACCCGAUAAUAAUUAAAGUAAGAGUUCGUUUUGUAAA